ACAGCCUAAGAGGCAAAGACUGUAAAACUAUGAAGAAACUUGGCAUGAUUAUCUUCAUUACAUUGCUUGCACUUUUUGCAGGGAAUGUGCAUAAUGCUGAAGUACAGAUUCAGAAUUGGACGUGUGGGUACGGAGGACUCUGUCGGCGCUUCUGUUUUGAUCAAGAAUAUAUUGUUGCUCACCAUGGUUGUCCAAGAAGAUACAGAUGCUGUGCUGUGCGGUUUUAGCGAAAAUUGAUUGGCUUAAAAGGACAUCAUCAGAAGAAUGACAUUAUAGUCCAAUAUGUUUAUUUAGAUGUCGCUAUUUAUCUUUAUUCAUUGUUAAUAUUGGGGGAAAUAUAUCAAAGAAUUCUUUCAAAGAAAUGAAAAAGAGUGUACUUGUACAAUAAUGUCCUAAGUGAUUAAUCCGAAACAUGUGAGAUUCAAAAUACAAAGCAAAUGAAGUAAUGAGGUGUGGGACAGCGCAGAUACACAAGGGCACAGUAUUUUAGCAUAAAACAUAAAGCUGAUGGGCCUGCUAAAGCAUGUCACCGUUGUAAAUCCUGGAUUACAAUUAAUACAUGGUUCUUUUUCACGAGAGGCAUGCCACACAUUUCCAACAUUAACUCUAUUCAGUCUGUGUUUAUGAAAGUCAAAGGAUGGUCUGGUUUAAGUGAAGCCGGCUUUGCUCUGCAUUGUAAAUCCACUAGACAAUAACACGUCCAAUGAAGAGUCUGACCUAAAUAGCUGUUGUGGAAUGCUGCUUUUGUAAAUGAAAUGUUAGCCAACUGCUUUUACUCAUGUCGUCAAUCCCAAACUUUUUUGUUUUAGUUAUUUACUUUCUUUUCUUUAAAAGACACAAUAAACCGGGAUCUGUGGUUUACAA